AUGUCCUCCACUCCAAUGGUGAAUCUGCCUCCUCCCCAGAUGCAGCUGAACCAGCAGGCUUACCCGAUCCGUACACCUCACGGGUCUGUGGGACCCGUGAUUGCCGUUCUGGCGGUCAUCACUGUUCUGGGGGUCAUAGCGGGUAUGAUAGGCAGGCUCUGCUCGGGUCGCCGGGUCAUGGGUAUGGGAGAGUACGACUUCGAAAGCUGGGUGGAGACCAAAUGCUCCUCCUGCGUCGACGGCAGAAUCCCCCCUCCUCCUCCCCCACCGCGCCCCCCGCAGCCGCCCGCCGAAGAUGUUGGGACGCCGGAGGAAGAGGCGCCUCAAGAGGCAAAAGAAGACGAAGAACAAGAACAGGAAGAAGAAGAAGUAGCAGGAGGCGGACAAUAG